UGUCACUUUCUUGACAGUCACACUAGCUAUAUGGAACCAAAAAACCACACACAAGUUUCAGAAUUUAUUCUUCUUGGACUCUCAGAAUUGGAAGAACUGCAAUCUUUUCUUCUUGGACUGGUCCUGUUCAUGUACUUGGUCACCUUUAUUGGGAACUUUCUCAUCAUCUUGACCAUCAUCACUGGCUCCCUUCUCCACACUCCCAUGUACUUCUUCCUCUGCAACCUUUCCUUUGUAGAUAUAUGUUUCACCUCCACCACUGUCCCAAAGAUGCUGCUGAACAUCCACACCCAUAAUAAAGCCAUCACCUAUCAAGGCUGCAUCGCCCAAAUAUAUUUUUUCAACCUUUUUGCAGAGUUGGAUGUUUUUCUCCUUUCUAUAAUGGCUUAUGACUGGUUUGUGGCCAUCUGUCACCCACUGCACUACACGGUCAUCAUGAACCCCAGACUCUGCAGCUUGCUACUGCUGUCGUCCUGGAUAUUGAAUGUUCUGGACUCUCUGCUACGUAGUUUACUGGUGUUGCGGCUGUCCUUCUGUAGUAACUUGGAGAUUCCCCACUUCUUCUGUGAAAUCAGUCAGGUUAUCCAACUUGCCUGUUCUGACACCCUCCUCAGUAUCAUAGAGAUGUAUCUUGCAACUAUGGUGAUGGGCAUUAUUCCCCUCACUGGUAUUGUAUUUUCUUAUUCUCGGAUUGUUUCUUCCAUGCUGAGAAUCACAUCAGCAAAGGGGAAGUAUAAGGCAUUUUCCACUUGUGGAUCUCACCUUUCAGUUGUUUGUUUGUUUUAUGGUACAGGUUUUGGGGUCUACCUCAGUUCUGCCACUACCCAAAAUUCCAGGGCCAGUGCAAUAGCCUCAGUGAUGUACAGCAUCGUCACACCCAUGCUGAAUCCCUUUAUCUACAGCCUGAGGAACAAGGACGUAAAAAGAGCCCUGAAAAAUCUUGUUGAGAUUGUCACUUUAAAUGAGUGA